UCUCCUCUGAGUUUAACACGUAAGUCUGCAGCUUUUCCAUCGGCUCUGGAUUCAGGUUUCAUUCCGGAUUAUCACUCAGUUCAUCAUCGGGACAUUUUUAAUGAAAUAUCUCUGAUUACAGGGAAGAAGAGCCUCAUUUUAGAGGAAUUUAUGCGUUUUUCUGCUUUAAUCGUUGAUUCUUUUGUUCGUCAUGUGUUCAGAUAUGUCUCUGAUUACUGAUUUGGCUCAAGUUUGAAGAUGUUUAUCAUGAUUUAAAGAGAAAAAAACAGUCAGAAAAGACAGAACAGAAAUUGAGCGGUGAAAGGAAGGAAAAAAUCAGGGACAAGAAGUGAAAGAAUGGCGAUAAAAUGGACAUGAAGGAAAAAGUAAUGAUUAAAAAUGAGUAGGAAUGGAAAGUGGGGAUAGGGGACUGCGUUCAGUUUUAAAGCUCCUCCCGUCUGUGCUUCAGAAUGACCAGUGGCGCCCUCUGCUGGAUGGCGGCCAAACUGCAACACCAAAAGAAAGUCUAAACGGACAUUAUUGGAUGCGAAGUUUGUUCUCAGUGACGCUGCUGCUGCUGCUGGCUCUCACGCUCGCCGUCGAGGCCAACAAACGAGCCAAACAUCACAAAGGUGGGAAAGCUGAUAAAUCCCGACCGGCCUCUGAAUGCACCGCGGCAGAGACCCAGUACGGGAAAUGUGUGCCGGAACACGGAGACUGUGGAGACGGACUGAGGGAGGCGACGUGCAAAGAUCGGACCGACAAGAUCCACUGCAGGAUCCCCUGCAACUGGAAGAAGGACAUCAGCGACUGUAAGUACAAGUUCGGAGCGUGGAGUUCCUGCGACGCCGGGACCAACACCAAGAGCCGGUCAGGAACGCUGAAGAGAGCUCUGUUCAACGCCGACUGCCAGAGCACCGUCAAGGUGUCCAAGCCCUGCUCCCACAAACCCAAGAAGACCAGAGGGGAGAAGAAAUCAAACUGAAGGAGGGAGAGUGAACCAGAAGACGACAGGAUUUCUCCUCCUCCGCCAGCUGAACAAUCGUCUUCAAAUUUAAAACCAGAGACUCCAAAACAGACUUCCUGUCCUCAAACUGACCCGUCCGACUCGCUGAUUCCUGCUCUGAUUUGAUGUUCUCCUGUUUUCCUUGGAUUUAAGCCUUAGCUGAUCAGAAUAACCUUCGUUCAGUAGCUGGUAGUUUAAUGCUCCUUCCUGUAGUUUUAAAAGUUUUUAGGGGAAAAGUUGAUCCGGCAGAUCAUCCGCAGUUUGAUGCUUCAACAUCUGAACUGAGGGAAAGUUUAUUUUUGGAAUUACAGAUUAUUGAUAAGACUUGUACAAAUGAACAAAUAAAUGCUGUACAUUGUUUUGGUGAAAA